AUGUACGGACAAUAUCUCUUCUUCGUCUAUCCAGAAUGGUUUGUCAAUGCUUGUUAUGGAAACCGGUUCAUCUACGGAGGCAUUGGAAUGGCUGUCUGUGCUGCAGCGUGCAUCAACGCAAUCACUCUUUCCAACCGGUCCUACGUCUGGGCUAGAGUCUGCAAUUUCCUCUGGCCUUUUAUCAUCGUCAUCUGUGGUGUCCGAGCCGUUUUCAUGAUCUGGGAACUUCAUCGCGGCAAAGACAAGAUCAUUUGGGAAUGCCAAAAUGGAGGACAGCAAUGGGGUCAACCAGCAGAAAACUCGAACACAUUCAAGUUUCCAGAGGGAAUCUGUGGUCCUGGAUGGCAAAGCCUCUUUACCGCAUUCAUCGUCAGCCUCUUGGUCGAUUUGGGGUUCCAGAUGUACAUGUUCUUCCUCAACUGGCGAUUCAUGAAGAAGCUCCAGCGAUACACAUCCAUGAAGGGCCCCUAUGGCGUGGUCACGUUUUACAUUUGGGUUGUGUAUCCAAUUACGGAUCGAGUGUCGGAUGACAGGACAACCUACUGGAUCGACGACCUUGGUCUCCCUGCCCCUGCUAUCUAUGCAAGAACUCAUGACCUGACGCCUCUCGCUUGCAUAACAGGCAAUUACUAUCACGCAUAG